CCAUUUUAAUUGCUUUUGGUAGCGCCAUCAAUUUGAAUGAACAUGUCGCAGUCUAUCAUUUCGUGUUGAGCAUUUAUGUGGGUUCGCGUAUGUUCAGUGUGUUUACAACGCAUACACACACGCACACACAUACGUUUAUAUUAGAAAUACGCACACAUGCAAGCGAAAUCGUUAGCACGCCAUGCACUUAUGGAAUAUAUGGUCGCUACUCAUCAUCGGCCAAUGUUGGAAUCUCUGCGCAGUCAUCACUCUAGUUGAUGCGGGUAUUUUAAACACCAUCUUAGGAGUUCCCAGCGAGUGUGUGCAUCAGAACAGCGUGUGGCCGUGUAAACUGUCUUUCUCCUGUUGGCUGCAAGGCGGUCGCCAUGCAAAAGGCUGUGGCGCCAACAAAUGGUUAUUUUCCUGCUGCAUCGGCGGUAGUGGCAACACCAAUACGGCGAACAAUGUGGUCAAUGCAGCAGUAGCGGUACAGUAUGGCCUCUACCAUGGAAACAACGAUCAAACACCAACUGGCAAUCUCGUAGGCAACACGCUCAACGAUUACAAGCGCCUGGCGGCUAGUGGAUCCAGUGGCACAGGUGUUAGUAGCAGUGGUGGUGGCGGUGGUGUGCUGCCCAAGCGCGUAAUGCUGAAGCGACGCAAUGAGAAUGAYGUGUUCCUGAAGCCCGAAUGCGGUUUGCCACGCGCCGCACAACGUACACUACAGAAGCGCAUCAUCGGCGGCAGGACGGCGAAUUUCGCCGAAUAUCCUUGGCAAGCGCAUAUACGCAUAGCGGAGUUUCAGUGUGGCGGUGUCUUGGUCUCGCGCAAUAUUGUCGCGACGGCGGCACAUUGCAUCCAACAAGCGCGUCUGCCGGAUAUAUCUGUCUUUCUAGGUGAAUUGGAUACACAGAAUUUGGGGCAUAUACAUGAACCGUUGCCGGUGGAGAAGCAUAAAGUCAUACAGAAGAUUGUGCAUCCGCGUUUUCAGUUUCGCAUGACGCAGCCGGAUCGCUUCGAUGUGGCGCUACUCAAGCUCGCCAAACCGACGGGGUUUAGCGAUCAUAUUCUUCCUAUCUGCUUGCCACAGUUUCCCAUCACUUUAAUCGGCCGUAAGGGCUUGAUCGCCGGUUGGGGCAAAACAGAGGCCAGCAUGGGUCACACGGGCACUAAUAUGUUGCAAGUGGCAACUGUGCCAAUCAUCACAACCUUCGAUUGCAUACGCUGGCACGAGAGUAAGCGUAUCAAUGUGGAACUUUAUAGUGAAAUGUUUUGUGCGGGACACUCGGACGGGCAUCAGGAUGCAUGUUUGGGUGACUCUGGCGGCCCGCUGAUUAUUAAAGAACGCGGCCGCUUCAUAUUGGUUGGCAUCACUAGCGCCGGUUUUGGUUGCGGCGUCGAUCAUCAGCCGGGCAUUUACCACAAUAUACAAAUGACUGCUAAAUGGAUACAGGAAAUGAUUGUGCGACAUGCCUGAGCGACGCAACUGCACGGAAACUUCAGUAAAAAUAUUUUAUAUAGAGACUUAGCGAAAUUUUAUUGGAAGGCAUUCAGCGUUAUUGUGUUGAAAGUUAAAUAAAUGUGAGUUAGCGUAAUAUAAUUUUUUUUUKUUUUAAUAUUAGUCAAGAGGUACUUAUCUUUUAGUGUUGUAUAUUAAUUAUCAUUUUUUUAUUAAUAUUUUAAGAAAUUAAUUUAGUUAGCAAUUAUAAAAUAUUUUUCAAGCAAUGUCAUAACAUUUUAUCAUAUUUAUUCUCACCAAGCAAA